AAAGGGAAAACAGAAGCCGGAGACGCCAUUGCUUUCUAGAGAGAAGAGGAAGAGGGAGAAGGAGAGAAGAGAACUCUCCACAGUGAGGAAACUCCCUUCCUUCCCUUUUUACCCACUGAGGCCGGAAUAUCAAAAUCCCGACGAUAUCCAAAUUCCUUUCUUGCCCACAAAUUUUCGUGCCCUAAUUAACCCUAAUUCGCCCGCACAUUACAUACCGUUGAUCAGUUCGGCAAUCGGAACACUCCCGGGGUGCUAUGAUUCUGCUGCAAUCACGGCGUCUUCACCGAUGAAGAAGCCCCAAGAUCGUGGGAGCCGGAGCUGAGCGGCAGUAGCAUGCAUGUGAUCGGAAUCACGCUGGAUCUGAGAUGGUUCUUGCAGUUCAUCUUCACUGCGUUCGUGAUUUCCUUCGGCCUGCUUCACCUUGUCAAGAACACCGCUUCUAAGUACUUCGAAGUCGACGCCAAUUUCGAGGCCACCGGCGGCGGAGGACGUGGUUUCGGUAAAGCCAUGCCCGGCACUCGCAUCGAUCCCAUUUGCGCCGUUUGCGGCAACGACGGCCCCAAGGUCUGCUCCCGCUGCAAGGACGUCAGAUACUGCUCUCCAAAAUGCCAAGCGGCCCACUGGAAAAGUCAUAAAUUGAAAUGUAAGGAUUUUCAACAAGCUUCUAAGGCAAACUCUGGAGACAUUCCUCUGGUUAUUGAGAAUGGGACAUCGAAGCCUCUCAAGCAAAUUAAAAGGGUUCUCUUCCCUUAUGAUGAAUUUGUUGAUCUUUACAACUGGGAAAGGCCGGGAUAUCCUCCUUGUGGGCUCAUAAACUGUGGAAACAGUUGCUUUGUCAAUGUGGUUCUUCAGUGUCUUGCAUCUACACGGCCGCUUGUUGCCUAUCUGUUGAAGAGAGGUCAUAGAAGAGAAUGCAGACGAAAUGAUUGGUGCUUUCUGUGUGAAUUGCAAACCCAUCUUGAGAGGGCGACCAAUAAUCUUAAUCCUUUUUCACCAGUCAAUAUUCUUUCUCGGCUUCCUAAUAUUGGCGGUAAUCUAGGCUAUGGAAGGCAGGAGGAUGCUCAUGAAUGCAUGAGGUUUGCCAUUGACACUAUGCAGUCAGUGUGCCUUGAUGAAUUUGGUGGUGAAAAGGCUGUUCAUCCCAGCUCACAGGAAACAACUCUGAUUCAACAUAUAUUUGGUGGUCAAUUACAAUCCCAGGUUAUAUGUGGAAAGUGCAAUAAGGUUUCAAAUCAGUAUGAGAACAUGAUGGAUUUAACUGUUGAAAUUCAUGGUGAUGCUGCAUCGUUGGAAGAAUGCCUUGAGCAAUAUACGGCUCAAGAGUGGCUUCAUGGAGACAAUAUGUAUAGAUGUGAGGGAUGCAAUGACUAUGUCAAGGCAUGGAAGCGCCUCACUGUGUGGCAUGCUCCAAACAUUCUCACAAUUGCAUUGAAACGAUUUCAGAGUGGAAGGUUUGGGAAACUCAACAAGAAAGUAAAUUUCCCCGAGACGUUAGAUCUUGGCCCUUACAUGAGUGAGGCUGGUGAUGGCACUGAUGUGUACAAGCUCUAUGCUGUCGUGGUUCAUCUGGACAUGCUAAAUGCAUCCUUUUUUGGUCACUACAUUUGUUAUACCAAGGAUUUUUCUGGGAAUUGGUACAGGAAUGACGAUUGUAAGGUUACGAGGGUUGAAGUGGAGGAAGUGCUCUCUCAGGGGGCAUACAUGCUCUUAUACAGCAGGGUUACUCCCCGCCCAUCUUGUCUGAUGUCACCUGACAUAUCUGUGGAGAGGAUUGAAAAGGAGAGUUCGGAUUCAGAACCUUGCUCUGCUAUACAAGCUGAAAAUAAUUCAGCUUCGGGGGGCUCCAAAUCUGAAGAAAUAACUGCUGGGGAAAAGACAAUGUGUCUCGAUAGUGAGGUAAUCUCUGGCUCGGUACUGCCCAAUGGCAGCUUGGAACCAUCUACCUCGGAAAACUCAGAAGCUGGUAACAGAGACCCAGAUGCUGCUGAUAGUGUUGAGCCCAGGACACCUUUGACCCUUACACGGGAGAUAUCCAUCUUGGAGAAUGAGUCAGUAUUAGUUGGAGAUGGUUCAAAUGGUCUUAGAGAAGAAAUGAUGGAGGUUGAUGUCAUUCAUGGCGAGUUAGGAUCCUCGACUCCACAGGAAAAUGGAGUCCACUGCAAUGGGAAAGCCCCUUGCCCGAACGAAUCUUCGUUCCUGAUGGAAGAAUGUGCUGAUGAACAGGUAGUUCCUCAAUGCCCUUCAAGCCCCACCAGUAAUCUGAAUCUUUCGGAGGGUCAGUAAGCAAGAAUCUGAGGCCAACUUGAUAGAGAUCCGGGCAUGAAAUUCUUUUCUCCUCUUAUUUCUCCCACUUUAUGGGGAUGUUUAUAAUUUAUCUUCCCAUCGGUAACUGAUGGCAAGAAGGGUGGGGGCGGGGGAUAUUCUUUUGAUGUAGCCGGGGUUUCAUUAUUUGCAUAAAUCUCGGAUGAUGUCUCGUCGUACUCGAUUAGUUGAAUGGAUAGCUUUACACGCCUUGAGGGAAAGAUGUUAGUUUGUUAAUGUAUUCUCAAUUAAUCGUUUCCAGAUAUAUUAAUAGGUGAUUUAACGAUGCAAUGUGAUGUGAUCCAACUUGUUUGACA